AUGGCGCCGCAGAAAAGAAAGCCAGUCGAUGACGAUUUCAUCACGACACUUUCCGACAACGACGAGGAUCCCUUCAAAGAGGAAGAAGCACCCGUUCAUCCACCCAAAAAGAAGACCAAGACCAGUAAAAAGCCGAAAAAGGUUGACAAAGACGAUGAGGCAUCUGACGAAGAGGAGCCUCAGGGCAUCUGGGGCUCCAAGGAUGACGACGAUGGCGCCAUGGACUCUGACUUUGAGUUCGUCGCAGACGACGCUGGGGAGUUUGGCGACAAGGAAUUCGAAGGCUGGGGAUUUGAAGGUGCUAAAAAGGGGAUGACCGAGAAGAAGGGUGUUGACCUGGAAGAGAUUAUUCGGCGACGAAGAGAAAAGAAGAAUGGGAAGGCCGGUGAGACUUUGGAAAAUGCCGACCAGGAAGCUGAGACUGAGGAUAACUUGGAGAUGGCUCUGGACGACGGCGAUGAUGAGGUGCUGGCCGAUGAUGCCUUUGGCAUGAAUGCAGACUCCGAGGACGAAGAGAAUGAGGAAGAAGCACACGGCAGCGGCGAUGGAGAUGACACAGAUGCCUCGGACAAGUCUGAUGUUGAUGAAGACGACCAUGACGACGAUCGCGCUUCAGACGACGACUCUGUGGCUACGCCGGAGGCUCAUCCUGAGGAUGACGCCUCUGAUGCCACCGACGAUGAAGAAGAUGCCGAGGAGCAAGCAAAACGAGACGAAUUCUUUGCUCCCGAAGAACGGCAAAAGUCGGACAAGAUAGUGGACCUCUCUUCCUUCCAAGGCAUGUCAUUGUCUCGGCCGAUCCUUCGUGGCCUCGCCGCUGUUGGUUUCACCAAGCCCACUCCUAUACAGGCCAAAACCAUCCCUAUCGCUCUCAUGGGAAAGGAUGUUGUUGGUGGUGCCGUUACUGGUUCCGGAAAAACUGGUGCCUUUUUUGUUCCUAUUCUGGAGCGAUUACUGUUCCGCCCUAAAAAAAUCCCGACCACUCGUGUCGUCGUUCUCACACCCACCCGUGAAUUGGCAAUGCAGUGUCACGAUGUGGGCACGAAGCUGGCUCGCUAUACUGACAUCAAAUUCUCCCUGGCCGUCGGUGGUCUCAGCCUAAAGGCACAAGAGGUUGAGCUUCGUCUGCGGCCUGAUAUCAUUGUUGCCACACCAGGAAGAUUUAUUGAUCACAUGAGGAACUCGGCCAGUUUCAACGUCGACACUGUCGAAAUCUUGGUUCUGGAUGAAGCCGAUCGCAUGCUGGAGGAUGGAUUCGCCGACGAACUGAAUGAGAUUCUCACAACACUGCCCAAAUCAAGACAAACCAUGUUGUUCUCGGCGACUAUGACCUCAACUGUUGAUCGUCUUAUCCGGGUUGGGCUAAAUAAGCCAGUGCGGCUCAUGGUUGAUUCGCAAAAGAAGACUGUAACCACAUUGGUACAAGAGUUUGUUCGACUACGACCAGGGAGAGAAGACAAGAGGAUGGGAUAUCUUGCACAUCUUUGUAAGACCUUUUACCACGAGAGGGUCAUCAUUUUCUUCCGCCAGAAGAAGGAAGCUCACAGGGCGCGCAUCAUUUUUGGUCUGCUGGGGCUAUCGUGCGCCGAGUUACAUGGUAGCAUGAACCAAUCACAGCGUAUUUCCAGUGUUGAAGCAUUCAGAGAUGGUAAAGUGUCGUAUCUGCUGGCUACAGAUCUGGCUUCGCGUGGUUUGGAUAUCAAGGGCGUCGACACAGUCAUCAACUACGAAGCACCUCAAUCGCUCGAAAUUUACGUUCAUCGUGUUGGACGUACGGCUCGCGCGGGGCGAAAGGGCACAGCUGUGACUCUGGCAGCCGAGGGCGAUCGCAAAGUUGUCAAGGCUGCCGUCAAGGCUGGAAAGGCGCAAGGGGCAAAGAUUACGAGCAGAGUCAUCGCCCCCGCUGAUGCAGACAAGCUUCAAGAAGAAAUCGACGGCAUGGAAGACGAGAUUGACGAAAUUAUGCAGGAAGAAAAGGAGGAGAGGCAACUGGCACAAGCAGAGAUGCAAGUGAAGAAGGGCGAAAAUUUGAUAGAACACGAGGCAGAAAUCAAGUCAAGACCCAAGAGGACUUGGUUUGAGACGGAGCACGACAAGAAGAAGGCCAAACAAGCUGGCAAGGACGAACUGAAUGGUUUGCGCGAGUCACUGAAGAAAAAGGGUAGCGGAAAGUUGAGCAACAAGGACAAGAAGACGCUUGACGCCAAAUCCAUGCGAUCAGAGGGGAGGUUAUGGAAAAAGGGCAAAGGGGAUGCAGAGGCGCACAAGGGCAAGGGCCCUGGGAAGGCGAAGGCGAAGGCGAAGGCAAAAAGUAAAGGCAAAGGCAAGCGCACUCCUGGUGACUGUGUGUGGCUCACCCUCGGCUGUCCCAAGUGGGGCGUGAAGCGAGAGGACUCAAGCAUCCUCUCAUUCUCACUUCUCAUCCAGCAAACGCAGUCACGAGCCAGGGCUCUUCACUGUCUUUGGCCAGCUUCUGCCACCGCAGUCACACACACUCUGCCCUACGCCAUCACCCCUUGUCUUGCUCAUCCCGGCCAUCCUGUCACCGCGUUACACUCUGCGAACUGGCUGGACCAGACACUCGCGCACGCAACAGACCACGCACCUCAUCAAACCAGCGUGCCGUGGCCACACGCACUUGACGAGAGUCAGGUGCUCUCAUCACCGCGCAUCUCUCUGAUGCCCCAUGCACGAGCCGGUGGCCCUAUUAUCCCAUCUCAUUGCCGUUGGAAGCAGCCGCAGGUCCCGUCAAGACGUGGUUCGUCUGAGGAUUGCCGGGCCAAGCAACGGGCUGUCCGAGAUCGGUACCGCGAACGCUUGCUUGAUUUCCACCUUGACACGCUUCCACUUGUCAAGCUCAAGCUUCAAUCCCGUAUUUACCGCUACUUGGUCCGUCGCCAAGUUAAACGCGCGAAUAAGGGUCGCGUUUUGGACCUGGUCGCGAGGCAGAGCCGGAGGAUUCUGCUCGGUGCUCGAGACUCUCAUUCCGCCCCUCGUGCUACUGGUGUCGCAAGCAGCCCGCGGAGACGACUGCGGCUGCCCUUCAAACAUGUCAAGGCGGCAACGCCGAGGUCUUUAAAUUCGAACAAGAUGCCCUCCUUCGCGGGGCUGACGGCCAGCGGUUAUGGCCCCGGCACAAGUGAUGCAUCGCAGGAUGUUGGAGAGAGAGGGGAAAGAGGUUACAGGCGGAGGAAGCUUGCGGCCAUGGCAGGAAACCUUUACCGCAGCGGACAGCAAGCUGUCACGGAGCUGCGGGACUCGUAUGUGCAAUCGAGAGGCAGAGGUAUCGACGACUUUGCAAUGGACCAGAGCACUCACAUCCCCGGUGCCUUCCCGGAUGUUGCCAUCGCCUCGCAGGGAAACGAACAGAUGGUGUUGUUUCCGUCAUAUGCCAAGAGACACAUCAAGCAAGAUUGGACACGAAUGCCGCGGAAGCAACCGGUGGAUCAGCCGGAAUUACGGAAUGAAGAGUGGUGGCGGCAAGAGUGGGAGAAGCACGAGGACGAGAAAGCGGUUGUCGACGUUGAUGUUAGGGGCUGGAUAUACUCACCACAUGUUGGUCCCAUGACAAGGAGGAAUCGCAUUCUCAUCGGCUUGGCCCGCCAAUUGAGCGGGAUAUCGGCCCCCAAGACGGAUCAAGGAUACGGACCGGCUAGUGGCGAACCCAAGACGCAGCACCAAAUACACGCUGAAAUCCACGACGAGGAAAAGAUUGCACAGAAGGCGGCCAUGAUUGAGAAGCGCGGACAGGAGGAAAAACGAGUCGCCUACGCAGGAGGCUACAGCGAACCAUCGCAAGAUCCCAACACACUAGGAGUUGAAGCGGCUUCUCGUUUUGGACCACGCGGCAGCUACACGCCUGAUUCCGCACCAUCAAGCCCAAGUAUGCCGGCUCGACAGCCGUCUGGUCUGGGCGAGCUCACUGAUGCGGAGCUGGCAGUGGCAAACGCCAACCUGAUGGCUCGCGUGGCUCCGUUCCUGACGAACCCUCUGGUGGCCAUGCCCAUCACUAUUUUCUUCUAUAAUGAUACCAAGUCCCAAUCCAAGACCAUCUUGACAGACGAUGCCGGCCACUUCAAUAUUCGAGCAGCUUUGGAGUUUAUCCCCACGCAUGUUAGAGUGCUCGCAAACGAGAAACUGUCGACCACGCAAGAAGUCAAAAUCACGGAACCGGCAGGCGUCAGCUUGAUCAGCGACAUUGACGAUACAAUCAAACGCUCCAACAUAUCAGCCGGCGCUCGGGAAAUUUUCCGCAACACAUUUGUGCGAGAUCUCGACGGCAUGACCAUCGAGGGGGUGCGGGAGUGGUAUACAGAUAUGCAUCGGCUGGGCGUGAGCAUGCACUAUUGCUCCAACAGCCCGUGGCAGUUGUUCCCUGUGUUGGCUAGCUUCUUCAAGAUUGCCGGCCUGCCCGCGGGAUCCCUCCACCUGAAGCAGUAUAGUGGAAUGCUGCAGGGGAUAUUUGAACCGGUGGCGGAGCGCAAAAAGUCCACCCUGAACCGCCUCGUCAAGGACUUCCCACAUCGAAAGUUCCUUCUGGUCGGCGACAGUGGCGAGGCGGACCUCGAAGUAUACACGGAACUGGCCCUGGCCAACCCUGGCCGUGUCCUGGCCAUAUUCAUCCGGGACGUGACCACACCCGAGGCAGCCGGAUACUUUGAUGCUGCGUUUGACUUUACUCAUCGUAAAAUAUCGAGCAUGACGCUGGAUGACGGUAGGCCGGGAAGCGUUAAGUCGGCAAGCCGGCAGAAUUCAGCGCCAGGUGCUGUGGGUGAAACACAGGCAGCUUCGGGACCCGUCAUGGGAACGCUGAUUGACUUUUCCGAUGAGCCCGGAGAGGUGAAGCUGGAUGAAGCCGCGGCGCUUGCGCAGGUCAAGAUGGCCAACUUGGGUCGGCCAGCCGGCGCUGCUACGAGCGCGCUUGCUGGACGAAAGCCGCCGCCUCCUCGACCAGCAAAGCCAGCCGCGCUGCGAAGCGCACCCUCGAAUGCCAACGCGUCGAAUGGCGGCGCCAAAGCCGAGAUGCCGCCGCCCAAACCAAAGCGACCGCAGGGCCUCGGGGCGGCUGGCCUUCAGCCUCUCACGACCAUAAUCAGCGCAGGUCAAGACGGUGCCCAGACCACGGAGGACUCGUCAACACCUGCGCCGCUGGAACAGGAGCCUGCCCCUCCUCCGCUGCCCAGACGUCGAUCCGGACUUAAGAGCAUCAGCCCGCGUCUCUUUGGCAGAGGAGCGUCAUCGUCCAAUGCCGACGUCGACUUUGAACCAUUGCCGCCGUCGGCUGCUGCGCCCCCGCCGUCGUUUGGAUUCAGCUACUACCGCUCCGGAUCGCGGUCAGGAUCGUCAACGCCCUCUGGCUCGCCGACGUUGGGUGCCCAAGGUGUAAAUAAGAAGCUCGAGCUGUGGAGGAGGAGGCUGGCCCGGGCCCACGAGCAGCUGGAUCACCAGGGCGUUGCGCUGUAUACGUGGCGCACGGGUCACGACGUGGUUGCCGAGGCGGUGGGCAUCGUGACGUCGGCGCAGGAGGACAUGAAGAGAAGGCAGGGGAGGUGA